UUGCUAACCGGCACAUUAAAUCUCCUACAGUCCAUCGUCUCUAUCGAGUCUGACAACUAUCUUCUCUUCAAGGAAAUAUUUGACAUGAAGUCUUUGGUAUCAUCUCUCGUGGAAAUGUUUUCCCAACUCAUUCCAGUGAAGAAUGAAGAGAUUCACAACAGCAAAGAGUUAAAAAUAAUAGAAAAUUGGCUUGAGAUCCUAUCGAAAAUCCUUGAAGUCUCUUCCCCUAAUGUUCGUGAUGUCAUCGAAAGCGAUGAAGCAGUUGUAGAGAUGCUGAUGCGAAUACUAGAACCGUAUAAAAUACCGGAGAAUCUCAAUAUGAGUGCGGUGGAAGAACCCGAGAUAAUAGCAUGUAUUCAUCAGACAGUUGAACUUAUCGACUGGUUUCAGCAGAGUGGAUUUAAUGUUCAUGUUCCAGUGGUAUCUUCUAUGAUGGAAAUCAUGUACCUGUUACAUGUCUUGACUAGUUCAAACUUCAACGAGACCGAGGAGAACCUGCGAGUGAAGGAGCUCCAAAAAUAUUUGGAAGCUUACUGGGUUAAAGUGCAGUCCUCUGAAGGUCUCAGUCGCAUCCCUGAGGUUCUGGAAUUGUCUUCGGAAGCUACGAGGCUUUACCUGACACAAAACUUUGGAAAUAACAUUCCGCAGACUGAUGAAGUCUUACGGCAGAAAUAACAACCGUUUAAUAAUUCCAUUCAAUCGUUUUAUCGUAAUGAUUUUUAAUGUUAUGGAGCAGUAAAUUUCGCGUUCUUGACGAGUCUCUACUGGGCUUUACGAUAAGGAAUGACGAUCGUCACCGUGAAAAUUGAUAAU